AUGUUGGCCAGGGCUGUGCCCAAGCCUGGCUGCUUGUGGCGGUACCCUGCUACCCCGGACGGGCACGCGGCGGGCUGCCGCCCGGUGCACGUGGCCGCCAGCGAGCUGCCCUCUGCCCCGGCCCCGGCCCCGGCGGCUCGGCCUUUCAACCAGCUCCCGGGCAACUGGAAAACUGGCUGGCUCAACCUCUACCACUUCUGGCAGGAGGGCGGCUUCCACAACAUCCACAACAUCAUGGCCCGCAAGUUCCAGGAGUUCGGUCCCAUCUACAGGGAGAAGCUGGGUGUCUACGAGAGCGUGAACAUCAUCAGCCCCCACGACACUGCCACGCUCUUCAGGUCGGAGGGCAUGCUGCCGGAGAGGUUCAGCGUGCCGCCGUGGGUGGCUUACCGGGAUUUCCGCAACAAGCCCUACGGCGUGCUCCUCAAGACGGGGGAAGCCUGGCGCUCGGACCGCCUGACCCUGAACAAGGAGGUGCUGUCGCCGCAGGUCAUGGACUGCUUCGUGCCCCUGCUGAGCGAGGUGGGGGAGGAUUUCGUGCAGCGGGCCCGAGCGCAGAUCAAGAAGAGCGGCCGGGAGCGCUGGACGGCCGAUUUCACCAACGAGCUCUUCCGCUUUGCCCUGGAGUCUGUGUGCCACGUCCUGUACGGGGAGCGGCUUGGCCUGCUGCAGGACUUCGUGGACCCCGAGGCGCAGCGCUUCAUUGACGCCGUGACCCUCAUGUUCCACACCACCUCACCCAUGCUCUACGUCCCGCCGGCUCUGCUCCGCCGCCUCAACGCCAAGACGUGGCGGGACCACGUCCAAGCGUGGGAUGCCAUUUUCACGCAGGCGGACAAAUGCAUCCAGAACGUCUACCGAGACCUCCGGCUGCACCGCAAGAGCACCAAGGAGUACAUGGGCAUCCUCGCCAGCCUCCUCAUGCAGGACAAGCUGCCCCUGGACGACAUCAAGGCCAGUGUCACCGAGAUGAUGGCAGGAGGAGUGGACACGACCUCCAUGACGCUGCAGUGGGCCAUGUUCGAGCUAGCGCGUUCCCCGGGCAUUCAGGAGCAGCUGAGGGCAGAGAUACUGGCCGCCAAGCGGGACGCGGGGGGAGACAGGGUGAAGAUGCUGAAAACCAUCCGGCUGCUCAAAGCCACCAUCAAGGAAACACUCAGGCUCCACCCCGUGGCGGUGACCCUGCAGAGAUACACCACACAAGAGGUCAUCCUCCAGGAUUACCGCAUCCCCCCCAAGACAUUGGUGCAGGUCGGGCUUUAUGCCAUGGGUCGGGAUCCCAAGGUCUUCCCCAAGCCGGAGCAGUUCAACCCCGAGCGCUGGCUGGCAACAGGUUCAAAGUACUUCAGGGGCCUGGGCUUCGGAUUCGGGCCGCGCCAGUGCCUGGGCCGCAGGAUUGCCGAGCUGGAGAUGCAGCUCUUCCUCAUCCACAUGCUGGAGAAUUUCAAGAUUGAAACCAAGAGAGCCGUGGAAGUCGGGACCAGGUUUGAUCUCAUCCUGAUCCCGGACAAACCCAUCCACCUCACCUUGAGGCCUCUGGAGCCCCAGGCCUGAGGGGGCAGAAGACCCCAUUCCCUGGCAAUCCUGGGACCGGGCUGGGACAGCGGGUGUUGGACCAAGCUGGUCCCAAUUAGAGGGGAUUUGCGCCUGCAUGUCUCUGACAGCUUGACUCAUGCUUUACGUCCUGGAAAGCUCCCUAUGAUAUGAUGCUAAGACUCCAGCAAAGGGAUAUGAUUUGGGAGAAAGCUGUGAAGCCUUCACAGCACAGCCUUGGCUCUGUGCCCCCCUGCCUCUGCUCCAGCUCACUCAAGGCUGCGCUUACGCCACUGGGGAGAUAAACCGGAGGAACCCAGUCCCAGCAUCGCCUGUGCCUGGGGUGGCUCACACCGGGCAAGGAGCCCCGAGGCACAUCCCCUCUCGGGACCUAGGGGAUCCCCUAUCUCAGCCCUCUCUGAUUUUAUGCAGAGCCAGCACCCUGGAGAAGGGGUCUGCCCCGUGACGGGGUGUGGGACGGCAGCAGAGGGAGGCAUGAUGGGGUGAUGUCCCUCCCCAGCCCACCCCAGCCUCGCCGGGCACUCCCGGCUCCCU